AAGUACCCACAUGAAUUCCCCACAGAGCUGCGUGGAUGAUAUUACUUCCAAAGUUACAAAUCUGCUAUAAAAAGCCCUCUCACCAUUGCUUAAAUUACAUUGGUAAAGAGUGAGGAAAUGGCGAGUGUAAGAGCAUCAUUAGUGUUUGUGUUUGUGAUGAUGUUGGGGGUUGUAGUGAGUAGAGUGAGAGGGGACAAGUGUGGAGAUGAGAUACAGGGCUUGGCCACCAACUGCGCUCCGAUAUUGCAGGGCAACGCUCCCUCUGCGGCGUGUUGUGGGCUGAUCAGGAGCGCAGACAUGUCGUGCGUGUGUCCCAAGGUCACUCCUGAAAUUGCUGCGUCCAUCAAUGUGACCCAAGUAGUUAGCGUCGUUGAGAGUUGCGGUAGAAAUGUUCCUCAUCACACUCGGUGUGGAAGUAUUGUGACUCCAUGAUUGAAAUUCAGUUGAAGCUCCAUAGAAUACACUUGAUUAGGGUUUAUGAAGCAUGUUCCUGUUUAAUAGCGUUUGAAUAAAAUGUUUGGAUUCCGAAUAUGUAACUGGGAUGGACGAACGUAUGUGGGGAUGGUCCACCUGAAAGUUUAGAACCAUCAUUUGUUAAUAGAUUGACUAUUAUUAUAUGAAAACAAGGUUGUAGUUUGAUGUUAUAGAUAUAACGUAUGGUCAUUCAUAAUUGUUUUUUAAUGUUUAGAAAUGUCAGCUUCAAACAGCAAGAAUCUAUUUUAGACUUGUAAAGCUAUAUAUUUGAGAUUCAUCUA